AUGGCUGAUAUCAGAACCCAAGGGCUUAUAGAGCCUGUCGACGUCGUCGAAUACCUGUUCAAGAGACUCCAUGAGGUCGGUGUCCGCUCCGUUCACGGCCUUCCCGGUGACUUCAACCUCGUUGCCCUCGACUAUCUUCCCCAGUGCGGCCUGAAAUGGGUUGGUAAUGUCAACGAGCUCAACGCCGGCUACGCUGCCGAUGGUUACGCCCGUGUCAAGGGCAUCUCUGCCAUCAUCACUACGUUUGGUGUUGGCGAGCUCUCCGCCAUCAACGCUCUCGCCGGUGCCUACUCAGAACACAUUCCCGUUGUACACAUUGUCGGUUGCCCCUCCACGAUCUCUCAGAAAAACGGCAUGCUCCUGCACCACACCCUUGGCAACGGCGACUUCAACGUCUUCUCCAACAUGAGCUCUCAAAUUUCAUGCGACGUUGCGCGCCUCAACAACCCCGCCGAGAUUGCCAACCAGAUCGAUCAUGCUCUCCGAGAGUGCUGGAUCCGCAGUCGCCCCGUCUACAUCAUGCUCCCCACCGACAUGGUCCAGAAGAAGAUCGAGGGCCAGCGCCUAAACAAGCCCAUCGACCUCGAGGAGGCCACCAACGAUCCUGACAGAGAGGACUACGUUGUCGACGUCGUCCUCAAGUCCCUUCAUGCCGCCAAGAAGCCCGUCAUGCUGAUUGACGCCUGUGCUAUCCGCCACCGCGUCCUCCCCGAGGUUCAUGCACUCCUUGAGAAGACAAAGAUUCCUGUCUUCGUGACGCCCAUGGGAAAGGGUGCCGUCAACGAAUCUCACCCCAACUACGGCGGUGUUUAUGCCGGUACCGCUUCGCAACCCGAUGUUGGUGAGCGACUCGAGUCUUCAGACUUGAUCUUGUCCAUUGGUGGUCUCAAGAGUGAUUUCAACACCGCUGGAUUCUCUUACAGAACAUCGCAGCUGAACACCAUCGACUUCCACAGCACACACAUGAGAGUCAGAUACUCUGAGUACCCUGGCAUCACCAUGCGUGGAGUCCUCCGCAAGGUCACUGAGCGUCUUGACUUGAGCCAGCUUUCCGUCGUCACAUCACCCGAGGUCAUCAACAGAGUGCCCAGCCCCAACUCGGACCCCUCGCAAACCAUUACACAGGCUUACUUAUGGCCUCGCGUUGGCAACUACCUUCGCGAGAACGACAUCGUCGUCACCGAGACAGGAACGGCCAACUUCGGCAUCUGGGAUACCAAAUUCCCUGCUGGGGUCACAGCUUUGAGUCAGGUCUUCUGGGGAAGUAUCGGUUGGUCUGUCGGUGCCGCUCAAGGUGCUGCUCUCGCAGCCAAGGAUGCGGGAGAGGACCGCAGGACAAUUCUCUUCGUCGGCGACGGAUCGUUCCAGCUCACGGCCCAGGAAGUCACUACCAUGUUGCGUCAUGGCUUGAAGACGACAAUCUUCGUCAUCUGCAACGACGGAUACACCAUCGAGCGCUUCAUCCACGGCAUGGAGGCCGAGUACAACGACAUUGUCCAGUGGCAGUACAAGGAACUUGCGACAGUGUUCGGCGGUACCGAGCAGACAGCCAAGAAAUUCGUCGUCAAGACAAAGGACGAACUCGAGAAGCUCCUGACUGAUCAGGAUUUCAACAACCCCACAACACUGCAGUUUGUCGAGCUCUACCUCCCCAAGGAGGAUGCGCCAAGGGCAUUGAUCAUGACUGCUGAGGCCAGCGCUAGAAACAACGCCAAGGGUGGGCAAGGCUCCGGCAAAUGGCAGACGCCGCAACACAAGGCGAAGGUCGCCAGUCUUCAGGACAAGGGCGUCGCCCUUGGGGUUGGCGACAAGGGUAUCUGGGUCACAUUUGCCAGAGGCAUGGACGGAAAGUCCAUUAGCGAAUUCAGCACACUUUGUGAUGAGUACGCAAAGACACUCUACGGCAUCGUUCCCCCCGGGGAAGAAGUUGAAUCAGAUGAGGAAGACGAGGACAUUGAAGCGUCUAUCAAGAAGGAGCUCGACGGUAUCAGCGACGUCAACAAAGGCAAGACUAAGCGUACGUUCAAGGCCAUCAAGGCCGGGAUCGAGUGUGUCUUCUUCAUGAAGACAAGGGAUCCCAUCGACCCCGUGGAGCUCUGCCGUAAGAUGUGCGUAGACGCCAGCGUCUGCACUGAUCUCAAGGAGAGGAAGACAAAGUAUAUCAACCGACUGACGCCGGUCACCUCUGUGGACAAGGCAUCUGAGAACGGCGUGGUGCGAGUCGCUCGAAAGGCUCUGUCCGCGCAUUUCGAUCUCGUAGAUGAGACAGCUCAGGCUGCAGAAGGCGACGAAGAGAAGGUUGAAGGAGGGAGUGAUGCUCAGACCGAGAAGCCGGCCUGCACAUAUGCCAUCCGACCUUCCAUACGCAGCAACAACUCACUUGAUCGUGACACGCUCAUUAAGCAAAUUGCCAGCGUUGUCAGCCCGCGGCACAAAGUCGAUCUCACCAAUGCCGAUAAAGUCAUACUUGUCGAUGUUUUUCAGAGUUUCUGCGGUAUGAGUGUUAUUGAGCGCAGUGACUGGGAGGAUCUGAAGAAGCUCAACGUCAACGAACUGUACAAGGCGUCUCCUGGAGCACAGGCAAAUCGCCCGGUACCAAAGGAAGGUGAAAACAAGGCAGCAUGA